AACCAUUGAAUCCAGCAGUACCGAAAUUUCACUGUCGUGUUCUUGUUCCACUAGACGAAAAGCUACUGAAAUCGAAAUGAACCAUAUUUCCGUGGUUUUGAUUGCGGCACUCGCAACGUUGAUUCCCACAAUCAGCGGCCACGGGAUGGUAGUCGUUCCACCCAACAGAAGCUCUCGCUGGCGUUGCAACCCAUCGGCGCCGACGAACUGGAACGAUAAUGAGUUGUGGUGCGGUGGACUUAACGUCCAGUGGAACCAAAACGGCGGUAGGUGCGGCCACUGUGGUGACGACUUUGCACAUGGUAUGCCUCGCAACAACGAAUUGGGAGGAAUCUAUGGACAGGGAGAGAUCGUUGCCAACUACACCCAAGGCUCUGAGAUUCAGGUGGACGUGAGAAUUACCCAGAAUCAUCUCGGCUACUUUGAGUUCAAUUUAUGCGACUUGAGCCGAGGAUCCGAAACUGCGGAAUGCUUCGAGCGAACUCCACUUCUAGACUGUGAAGGUAGACGCCACUGGUAUCUGAAUUCUACGCUGAACCAGGUGUAUAAGGUUUGCCUUAAACUGCCCGAAGAUGUAGUUUGUGAACACUGUGUUAUUCAAUGGACGUACGUUACUGGUAACAACUGGGGUAUUUGCCCAGAUGGAACUGGAGCCAUUGGCUGUGGUCCUCAGGAACACUUCCGUUCGUGUUCCGACAUCGGUAUCUACAACGCAGGAGACGAUCGGCUGAGCCACUCCUUCAACUACUGCCCCGACGGUCCACGUACAUUUGAUUGGAUCGAUGGUAACCUUCCGGAGGAGAACUUUCUGGAACAAAAAUAAGGGGUCUGUUCAUCAACUGGCGUGAAAUAAAGGAUUUUUAAAAAAUCUACACA